UACGGAAAUUAAUCGUGCGUUACUAAAUUAUUUUCUUAUUUUAUUUACUUAUUAUGGUUUUACUCUAAUAAUUAUAAAAUUUAUAUAUAUUAUUUUGGUUUUGGCCGUGGAUUUCUAUGGUGGAAAACGCAAGGCUCAGCUGGAAAAACAAACAGAAAGUACCUCUCCCUUCUCUCUCUCUCCUCUGCUAUCAGCUUGUGUCUCUGUUCUGCUUCUAUCGCCCUCUCUCAGAGGCCAAUAGCUAGAGAUAUAGAGCGCGCAGAGAGACGGAGAGGGAGAGGUGGGAGACCAGAGCGCAGCAAAGCACCGGGGCCUGAUUCAGCGCCCUGGUUUGGUUUCAUGGAUUCAUCUAUUUUCUCUCUCCUGUAAGGUCGCUUCGUUCCCACGGCAUUUCUGCUUUCAAACAGAGGAAAAUAUCGAUUCGUGCUUCUUUCUUGGGUUUUAAUCUCUCCAUUUCUCAUCUCCACAGCUCAAUCUGGCAGACCUUAAAGGAACCAUUGCGUUGCUUCGAUCCUUUCUUUUCUCCUUCUUGCCAGAUCGCGUCGAUUUCAAAUCUAAGAAAAAGAAGAGGAGAGGGAUUUACCGUGGGAAAAUGCUCUGGAUUAUGCGUUUCUCAGGCUUCUUUUCUGCAGCUAUGAUCAUGAUUAUCCUCUCCCCCUCUCUCCAGUCCUUCUCUCCUGCUGAGGCCAUUCGAUCUUCUCACCUCGACAGCUUCUUGGGAAAUCUUGGCGCCUAUUCGCCGGACCGAUUCUCCUUUCGAAAAGCGGCUGUAUUCCGCAAUGCCGAUAAAUGUAGCUCCAGUGAUAACCUAAUCUCAGGGAAAACUGGUGUCUGCGAUCCUAACUUGGUACACGUUGCCAUUACACUCGAUGUUGAGUAUCUCCGGGGGUCAAUCGCCGCUGUACACUCCAUAUUGCAGCAUUCAUUGUGUCCAGAGAGUGUUUUCUUUCACUUUUUGGUUUCGGAGACCAAUCUGGAAUACCUAGUGCGGUCUACUUUCCCUCAAUUGAAGUUCAAGGUGUAUUAUUUCGAUCCAGAUAUUGUGCGAAAUCUGAUCUCCACUUCCGUUAGGCAAGCUCUUGAACAGCCGCUCAAUUACGCUAGGAAUUACUUGGUUGAUCUGCUGGAGCCUUGCGUUCGUAGAGUGAUCUACUUGGACUCCGAUUUGGUUGUGGUUGAUGAUAUUGCAAAGCUGUGGACUACGAAUUUGGGUUCUAGAACAAUCGGUGCCCCGGAAUACUGCCACGCAAACUUCACGAAAUAUUUCACGGCGAGUUUCUGGUCGAAUACAAGGUUUUCCAGUACUUUUAGUGGUCGGAAAUCGUGUUACUUCAACACUGGAGUAAUGGUGAUAGAUCUGGCAAAGUGGAGACGGGUUGGGUACACAAAGCGGAUUGAGAGGUGGAUGGAGAUCCAGAAGAGUGACCGGAUUUAUGAGCUGGGGUCACUGCCGCCGUUCCUCUUGGUUUUCGCCGGACACGUGGCGCCGAUCGAGCACCGGUGGAACCAACACGGAUUAGGUGGUGAUAAUGUGAGAGGCAGCUGUCGUGAUCUGCAUCCAGGUGCAGUUAGCCUUCUACAUUGGUCCGGCAGUGGCAAGCCCUGGCUCAGGAUCGACUCGAGGCAACCUUGCCCACUUGAUGCUUUAUGGGCUCCAUACGACUUGUACGGACACUCACAUUGAAUCGCAGUAGUCGCCGACGGUAACAGUAGCAAUUAGGGCCAGAACUGGUCUGUCGGCUGCAGAUAUUCAAUGGAGGGAGGAGGCAGACCAGACGGUCCACGCAAGAGUGGUAUUAUUGAGGUGGAGAUAUAUUGAAAUGACCAAAUUGCACUAAUUAAUAUCAUUAAAUUACUAGUGCAAUUGCAAUUGGGCAUUUGUAGAUUAUUAGCAUCCUGGUGUCGGUCAACUUGUUUAGGCUUUAGGCUUGCGGGGUUUUCCUCUUUUUAGUUACUUCGUUCCCCUCCCUUUAGCGUCUUUGGUGGAAGGUGGAGGCGAUUGGUGGCAUUGAUGUUUUUUUUUUUUUUUUUUGAACGCUUGUUAGGCCAUUUGGGUUUUGUGGUCGAGUGCUGAUUCACUGUUAGGCAGAGGCAAUUUUGUUAUAUCAUGCAUGUCUCUUUAGCUUUUGCAAGGCAUUUUGUAGAAUAAGAAGGUAUAAUUUGUCAAAUGAGGCACUGAGAAAGUAAAAUAAUAAUGAGAAAGAAUGAUAAAGUUAUGUAUACGUUGUAGGUGGAGUGCAAUGACCAAAAAGGUGAAGGGGGGCAUGUGAUGUGAGCGAAGUUGCUAGUCGGUUGUCCAUUUUGUGUAAUGGCCGAAAAGAACCGAGUGCUCGUCUUCCAAAGCAAAGGAGUGUGGUGCUGGCUGGAGGAAAAGCUUGAAUUAGCAAUCGGAAGAAUCUAAGAGGUGGUGUGAUGGUAGCAAAGUCAUGCCGACGGGAGUGUAUAGUUUUGGAUGGUGUUGUAUUCGUUGGCGGCAGCGGGAGGCUUGUGAACAACCUCAUUAUUUGUCCCUCUGCGCAAUUUAGUGUUGUUCUGGAUAAAUCUACCAUGCGUGAUCGAAUUAAUAAUAUAUUUAUAGUUUAUCCAGCUAACAAAUAAGGCCAUUAGAAAUUAGUAAUAUUAUUUUUGGGUUUAAUAGAUGUUAGGAUGUUGAACAAUCGAAACUUAAUUGCAGCAUUGAAAGGGACCCAAAAUUUAUUAUUUGUUGCGUGGGAACUGUCCAAAGUUGAGGUGGGGACCGAUUCCUUCUGCCCUGGCAUCACACGUGGCCAUUUGCUUCCUGGAAUCAGCUGCUUAACAUGUGGUCUUAACUCUUUAGUUUAUAACACCAUUGGAUUGUAUUUAAUUGUUGAUCUGUUAACUCACCAGUUUUAUGCUCUGGUUCUACGUUG